AUGGAAUACUUUCUUAUUUUAGCGCAACUGUCCCUUGCUCGGCGCUUGGAAGAGACUGAUGAUUGUGACAGAGAUGUGCCUUUACAAAGGCGCACACGGGCGCCAAGACUUUUUCUACCCCGUUGUGGUCUGCAUGCUUUAACUGAUUCUGAAGUUAAGAAACGGUUCAGGCUCAACAGAGCAACUAUUUUAGAUUUAUAUGGACUUAUAAAACUUGACCUGGAGCCAAGCACAAGAAGGACAAGAUCAAUCCCUGGAAUAGUGAAAUUAUUGGCUGUGCUACAUUUCUUAGCUACAGGAUCUUUUCAAUCAGUGUCCAGUCCAAUUGUAGGAAUGAGGAUUCCCAAUGUUCUAGGUGCUAUAGACUGCACUCACAUUGCAUUGGUACCACCUUCAUCAGCUGAGGAGCACUAUAGAAAUCGCAAAAAAUUUCACUCCUUCAAUGUACAAGCUGUAUGUGAUUCCAAGCUUCAGAUUUGGGAAGUGAGGUCCGGCUUCCAUGGGUCAUGCCAUGACUACCACAUACUGAAGCAAUCGCAAUUAUAUACAUCUUUUGAACGUGGUGAGAUGCCACACGCUGAUAGCGGCUACCCGUGUCGUCCAUGGCGUUUAACACCUGUCCCCAAUCCGAAAUCCGAAUCAGAAAUGCAUUUUAAUGAGGCACAUAGAAGUACACGGAGUGCAGUUGAAAGGACAUUUGGAGUCCUGAAAAUGCGUUUUCGUGCAUUGGACCGCACAGGUGGUGUUCUAUUGUAUUCUCCUGAGAAAGUAAAUUACAUCAUACUUGUGUGCUGUAUGCUACACAACAUGGCAGUCCAACAUGGGGAUGCGGAUAACUUAGAAAUUUUUGAUCUCCCACAAGAUGAUUAUUCACCUCCUGAAGUACUUACAGAACAUUCUACGCAAAAUGGAGUUUCUAACCGAAAAGAGCUAAUAGAGAGAUACUUCACCUGCUAA